AUGCUUGGAGACGCUGAGAUCCAGGCCCUCGAUGAUCAUCUGGGUAAUGUCUUGCGCGAGAACCAGCAGCAUCAUGAGAAUCUCCAGGGGCUCUUACAGCAAUUCCAUCUUUUGUUGGAUAACUACAACCGACUGAAAAGCGACUAUGAGGAGGAGAAAGAAGCCCGAGAGAAGUAUAAAAAACUAGCUAGGGGACAAUUCAAAGAACACCUUGUGAAAGCAGGGGUGGAUGGGGGAACGAAAGCAGCUCAACUCCUGAAUGAUUCCAUCAAAGAACUUCUCAAUGACCAACUCGGAAGCCAGGCAGAUCAAUGUCGAAUUAUGGUUCGCGUAUACAGCAACAUUCUAGGACUUUCGAAGACCUUGGCCCGCGCUGGUCUAGUUGGUAAUGAAGCACGGUCCCUUUCACCAUUUGCCUCCAGCUUUACCCGUUCUCAGGACUUGUUCGAUUACAUUGACGCGGGGGAUAAGAAAGAAGGUGCAGACUACAAGAUCAGAGAAAUGUUUCGCUUGUUUGCGGAUAAUAAUCAGUGCAAGCAUAUUUUCUUUGCCGGUUGUCACGAUGCUGGCUAUCUCUCCUUGCUGACCCCCUACCGUGGCAAGGCUGAUCGUAUCACCCUAAUCAAAGCGGCUUCCUUCCAUCCUGAAUAUGAUAAACUAGACCUACCAGUGAGGGAACUUUCUGCGGUCUUCACAUCUACCUCCGCUUCGCCGCCUGUGGGUGGAACCAAUACGGCUCCUGCUACGAGACCAGUUUGCAGGCAUUUCCAAAAGGGUAUCUGCCGAUAUGGCAAGGAUUGCACAAAGCUCCACGUAUUGCCAAAUCAACACUUCCCUAAACCACUUUAUGAUAGCCCGGCACAACCGUCGAGUUUAACCGUCAAGCUCCGGGAACAAGAAUACUAUUCCCGGUUUCUUCCCAGGGUGAACUCAAAACCUCAGGAAUAUAUCGCAAUCAACAAGGAUGGGGAGCGAAUCGACACCUAUUGCCCCAUGCCGUCUCAAGAAGAAUGGGAGAUGUAUAACAAACGCUCCAAACGGCACAAACUCUGCAACAAAUACCACCUUGGAGGGGAAUGUGGGAACCUUAGUUGCGAGUUUGACCACAGUCCGAUUGACUCGGCUUGUCUCAAUGUUUUGAUGAAUCUCAUGCGACAGCACAUGUGCACUAGGGCUGCAGGCUGUCGUUCGACUAAAUGCUACCUUGGUCAUCAUUGCCAGAAGGAUAACUGCAAGGGCACUAAACCUUGCAAAUUUAAUCGUCAGGGUCAUACACUUGACCUACAAGUUGCACAGUGGGUCAUAUCGAUCGAACAUGAAGAGGAAUCACCGGUUAGUGAAGAGACCUCAGAGGCGAACUCAGUGGCGGACCCGAACAACACUUUAGCCUUCCUUAUGGGAGACAUGAACCAAAUGUAG